AUGGCUCUUCUCAACAACCUCGUAAACCUCCACCUCGGCGACUCCACAGAGAAGAUCAUCGCCGAAUACAUAUGGUAUUGGUCUCCGAAUCUCCUUUUUCCUUCCCGUUUCUCUCGCUGUGGGCCUUUUUGAUCCUGCUUUGAUCUCAGUUGUGGGGUUUCUCUGUUCUCCGUUCCGUCUUUUUUCGCCAUCAGUGAAUUGUAUGCUAUGGAUGUUGAUGGGUGCUAUCUCGCAGGAUCGGGGGAUCUGGCGUGGACAUGAGAAGCAAAGCAAGGGUGAGCAUCUCCAAGCUCCGGCUGUGUGGUCUACACCUGUGAUAGCCUAGUGAGGAAUUGAGUUAUGAUUAUCUUACGGUGACACUCAUGUUUUACUUUUCUUCCCUUAUUGUUGCUUCUACGAGAUCAGACUCUUCCGGGAAGUGUAUCGGAUCCGAAGGAGUUGCCAAAGUGGAACUAUGAUGGAUCAAGCACCGGCCAGGCUCCUGGGGAGAACAGCGAGGUCAUUCUCCAGUGAGUGUCUCACGUUCCCUUUCCCGCAUAUCUUAAUCGAUGAUUGGCCAAGGUUCAUUGAUUUCGUGUAUUAUUUCGUCUCCCGUUGAUCAGCCCCGAGGCAAUAUUCAAAGAUCCUUUCAGGAGGGGAAGCAAUAUUCUGGUGAGCUUCUGUACUCAACUCAAUCGCUGGCUUCACAUCUUUGUUCGUUUUAGACAUCAUUCCCUACUAUUCCCUCAAGUAGAACCUAGUUCUCUAGCACAGUGUUGAAGGAUAGGGAUGGGGAAGAACGUCAGGAAUGACCAUGGAUUUCCUGGCAUAAAUUUAUAGUUUGGUAUUUCUUAGGUCAUCUGCGAUGCAUACACCCCCGCCGGAGAGCCGAUCCCGACGAACAAGAGAUUCUCGGCCGAGAAGAUAUUCAGCCAUCCGAACGUCAUCGCUGAGGAGCCAUGGUAAAUUUUCAUUUGCUUUUAUUGAUGGAUCACGAGGGAUUAAUCUCAUUUGUUCCUGACAGUUAGCAUUCAUCGAGUUUCCUUUCUAUCAUAUUUCCUUUCUUAGUUGUGAGAUCAAGAGGAUACCUUUCUCAUGUCUCGCUUUUCGUCAAUUAGAAAAGCCCACAAUUUCAUCUCAAGCAUAUCAUUGAAUUGUUCUUCAUUUUACAGAAAUUUCUUUCCGAAUGUCUCCAUUUCAAAAAAAAAUUCAAAUAUUUAAGUCUAUGAAAUAUUGACGUAUAUCAUUAUUUUCUUCUAAUCAUGGAAAUAUAUUUCUGCAUUAUGAUAAUUUGAAUUGAGGCAACGGCUGCUACAGCGGUGUUUAUCUGUCAAAUUGAAAUGUAUAUCUCAUUCCACCGGACUGCGAAUAUCCUCAGUCUGGUGUGAUCAGAUCGGCAUGUAGAUCCACACUAAUUGCCGGCAAAAUUCUGCCAGGUUUGGGAUUGAGCAGGAGUACACGCUCCUGCAGAGAGAUGUGCACUGGCCUCUUGGAUGGCCUAUCGGUGGCUUUCCUCGUCCUCAGGUUUCAAUCAUACCCAGUUCUCCUCUGUCAUGAUUUCUAUUAUACUACUAAUAUUGCUCUAGCAUCCAUUUAUUUUAUCAUGUUGAAUAGCUCCGAGAGAAAUCCAAAUGGAAUCGUUGACUUAUAUGGUUGAAAUAUAAACUGUUUAAUAUGGAUCGUUGACAUCUCUCAUCAAGUGGGAAUCUGACAAUCCAUCUCCUUGAAUAUAUUUAGGGUCCGUACUAUUGCGGUGUUGGAGCCGACAAGGCUUUUGGGAGGGACAUCGUUGACUCUCACUACAAGGCCUGCCUUUACGCUGGAAUAAGUGUCAGCGGAGUCAACGGGGAAGUCAUGCCUGGUCAGGUAUCACCUCUCCCGCACUCUUUCUCACCUAUAAAGCUCCACUACUUCGUCUAUUUCGUCAUGCCCAGUCCAGGAAGUGCCUUACAUUUUAUAUUAAUAAAUGUAUAUUAAUUGGAAAUCUAUUUUGUCAUGCCCAGUGGGAGUUCCAAGUGGGACCGGCGGUCGGGAUCUCCGCCGGUGAUCAAAUCUGGGCAGCGCGCUACAUUCUCGAGGUAGACAAAGAACAACCCGAUCGAAACCUUCCACUCAUUCUUCCGCUCCCCAUAACGCUUUAACAACGGCGUCCUCGAGUCGCAGAGAAUCACAGAGAUCGCCGGCGUCCUCGUCUCGUUUGACCCAAAACCCAUCCAGGUAGUCAUCGUCUCACCAGGUCCGUUGGAUUAGGCUGGAUGAAGAUCAUCUCACCUGCUCUUUUCUUCAACCAGGGCGACUGGAACGGAGCUGGCGCCCACACCAACUACAGGUGCGCUUCCUCGUGAUCCUUUCUCUUCUUCUCGUCAGCUCUUGGGUUUCUCUCCUUCCGACCUUCUAGAAUUUUCCAGCACAAAGUCAACGAGGAGGAAUGGCGGCAUGGAUGAGAUUAAAAGGGCGAUUGAAAAGCUGGGCCUGCGGCACAGGGAACACAUCACCGCCUACGGAGAGGGGAACGAGAGGAGACUGACGGGUCGUCACGAGACCGCCGACAUCCAUACCUUCUCCUGGGUUGGAAGACUCCCCCCCCUUUGACUUUUACUCCGGGAUGCUUCCUCCGUAAAGACGGAGUCUUUACUCGCCACCUGGUCACUUUCCUCUUCGUUUCAGGGAAUCGCGGAUCGGGGUGCCUCCAUCCGCGUUGGCCGAGAGACCGAAAUGGCUGGGAAUGGUAAGGGAUCUCAUCCUGCAUGAACAAAAGGUGACGUCAGAGAAUGUUCCUUCGUAGGCCCCUCCCUCAACUCCUUUCGGCAGGUUACUUGGAGGAUCGGAGGCCUGCGUCUAACAUGGACCCCUACGUGGUGACCUCCAUGAUCGCCGAGACCACCAUCCUCUGGAAACCCUAG